AUGUCGCGCGCCCUCACCGUUGGGUUCAAAGCGCUCGCUGGCGUGUCGAUCGCAUUCGGCGCGACAGCACUGGUGGCGGCCGAGCUGCUGCUGCAGGUGGUCGGCUGCGCCGGCGCAGCUGCGGCCGCGAUGCCGCUGGAGGUCGUCUUGGCGCGAAUCGCCGGCGGCACCAUGGCCAUAUCCGCUGCCGACGAGUGGUCUCUGGCGGACGCAGCCGCCAAUGGGCGCCUGGGUUCCGCCACCUACCAGCAGCUGCGGGCCGCUGUAUUGGCCAAGAUUGUGACAUACCUGCUCGCAUCCGUCCUGGUGAGGGACUCGGGCGAGCGACGUGUGGAGCGUCCCCCUGAUCCUGUUGUACCCCACGGCCCCCCGGGCUCCCUGGUGAUCGCGGGGCUGGGGCUGAAGCAGUCGGGCGCCACGGCCGGAGCGUUGGCGGACGGCUUAUUGGCGCCGCCCAAGACUGCUGCGGGGUUGACGUACCUCAUCGUUGCGCUGCUGGCGCCGGAGCAGCUGUUCAUCGCCCCCGUCACCCCGCUGGCCCAGCUGCUCAAGCACACCUGGGCGCCCGGCUUCCUGCUGGCCGGCGGCGCGAGCCUCAUGCUCAGAGACGCUGCGGACAGGGGCCGGCUGGGGGCCGCAACCUUCAAGCGGCUGAACCUGGGCCUGGCCGUGACCGAGGCCGUCUACCGCCCGACCUAUGGCACGGCCAUCCUGGCCGGCCUCGCGGCAGGCAGCGCGGGCGCGCGCCCGCGGCCAGCAACCUGGCCGGGUCCACUGCGGGGCGGCAACAAAGGGCUCCAGCAGCAGCGCGGCUGCUCGUCCGACUCCCACAGCAGCAGCUCCAGCGGCUCGGAGCGUGGCGACUUCGGCGGCAGCGGCUCUGACGUGGAGGAUGCAGAGGACUACUGCAAAGGUGGGUACCACCCUGUGCAGAUUGGUGAGAAGUUCAAGGGCGGCCGUUACAUCGUCCUGCGCAAGCUGGGAUGGGGCCACUUCAGCACGGUCUGGCUGGUCCUGGACACCCACAACGAUGGGUUCGCCGCGCUGAAGGUCCAGAAAAGCGCCCCGCACUACACCGACGCGGCGCGCGACGAGGUGACCCUCCUGGCCCAGCUCAAGGCCGCCGACCCCUCCGGUGCCCACCACUGUGUGCGCCUGCUUGACCACUUUGAGCAUGCCGGGCCGCACGGCCUCCACGUUUGCAUCGUGUGCGAGGUGCUGGGCGACAACCUGCUCGCGCUCAUCAAAGCCUAUGACUACAAGGGGCUGCCCUUGGCGGUGGUCAAGAACCUGGCACGCCAGAUGCUGGUGGCGGUCGAUUAUAUGCACACCAGGUGCUCGAUCCUGCACACAGACCUGAAGCCGGAGAACGUGAUGCUGGUCGACACCCUGGCGGCCCGGCGCUGGGAGCUGGAGCUGCCGCCACCACCCCCGCGGGCGCCCGCCGGCGGUGCCGGAAGCUGGGGCGCGUCGGCGGUCACGGCGCAGCAGCAGCAGCAGCAGAAGGCGGGCGGCGGCGGCAGCGGCAGCGGCGCCAGCGGAGGCGGGGGCAGCGGCGACGGGCAGCUGAGCAGGAGUCAAAAGAAGAAGGCAAAGCGGAAAGCCAAGGCAGCCGUCAGCGGCGACAGCGGGUCACAGUUGCAGCAGACUGGCGGCGAGGAGCUGCAUGGUGCCAAGGAGGAGCUUGAUGUCGAACAGGCACCCGCUGGGGAGGUCGCGGCCCCUCUGCAGCAAAAUGGGGGCUGUGGCGCAGGCAACGGCCAUGCAGCAGAGCAGCAGCCAACAUCAGAGCAGCGGGGGCCAGGAAGCCAGCAAGCAGGGCAGGUGGCUGACCAGCAACAGCAGGGCCCGGGCCAGCAGCCGCGGCGGCGCCUGGUGUACGAGAGCCGCGUGCUGCACAGCGCCGCUGACCUGGCGUCCGCCACCGCCAAGGUGGUGGACUUUGGCAAUGCGUGCUGGCUGACUAAGCGGUUCACAGAUGAUGUCCAGACGCGGCAGUAUCGGUGCCCAGAAGUUAUCCUGGGAGCAAGGUGGGGCGCCCCGGCUGAUGUGUGGAGCGUGGCAUGUGUGGUGUUUGAGCUGGCUACAGGGGACUACCUGUUUGAGCCCAAAAGCGGCCCAAGCUGGGACAGGGAUGAAGACCACCUGGCCCUGAUGAUUGAGCUGCUGGGACGCAUGCCACGUCGCGUGUGGACCACCGGCCGCCUGGCGCGCGACUACUUCAACAGACAGGAUGUGCUGGAGGAAAAGUACCGCCUGUCGCCCGGAGAGGCGGCAGGUAUCGCUGAUUUCCUGCAGCCCAUGUUGCGGCUCGUCCCGGAGGAGCGGGCCACUGCGGCGGAGAUGCUGCGCCACCCCUGGCUCGACGAUGGCUGCAGCGGUGACAAGGCCAAGGUCGUGCCCGAGUCAGACGCCGGCGAGGGGCGGCGACACAGCGGCGGCAGCGACCACCGAGGUGGCGGCAGCCGGCGGGUCAGCCGCCGGGGCAGCGGCAGCAGCAGCGCUGCCAGGGGAAGCAGCGGCGGCAGCAGUGAGCGCGAAUCGCGGUCACCGCGGCGGCACGCCAGCAGCGAGCCGAUUCCCAAGCGAUCCAGGUGA